AGAACAGAUGUAAUAAAGGGUAAAAUUAAGACGGAAGUGAAACCUCGUCAAUGGGUGGGGUGCUUUUUAUGCAAAAUAUAAUCCACUCCGAUUACGCAAAGAAGCAGAGUGACAGUAAGAUGCUCUAAGAUAGAUAUAGUUUUGACAAGCAACUUUUCUUGUUAAUUAGCGGUGCAGUAGAAUCAAGCGAGCUCAGCUGCCGCAUUUUAUCCCUGAGUUGUCAUCAGUCAUGGAGGACCUCUCUCGUGCUAACAGUCUCUUCGCUCUGGAUCUCUAUCGGACUCUGAGCGAGAGCGAUGCUGGAGGAAACAUGUUCUUUUCUCCACUGAGCAUCAGUGCAGCGCUCAGCAUGGUCUACUUGGGAGCCCGAGGAGACACUGCCAAAGAAAUGGAAAAGGUUUUGUCCUUCAGUUCUGUCUCAGAUGUUCACUCUCAUUUCAAAACCCUCACCUCAACUAUCAACAGACCAUCAGAAUCCUGCGUUCUUAAACUGGCCAACCGCCUCUACGGAGAGAAAAAAACCUUCAGCUUCUUACCUGAGUAUUUGGACUCUACUCUGAAGCUGUACCACGCUGACCUUCAGGCUGUGGACUUCAUUGGAGCAUCAGACGAGUCACGACAGCUCAUUAAUAAAUGGGUGGAAGAGCAGACAGAGAAUAAAAUUAAAGAGCUUCUUCAGCCAGAUGUGGUAAAUAGGCUGACCCGACUAGUUCUGGUCAAUGCCAUCUAUUUUAGGAACUGGAUGCACAUAUUCGAUGCUGGAGACACACAACAAAUGCCAUUUAAAAUAAACCAGAAUGAGAGCCGGACUGUGGAAAUGAUGUACCAGGAAGAAACAUUUCCCUUCAGAUACAUCCCAGAGUCUAAACUGAAGGUGCUGGAGUUACCUUAUAAACAGGAGGAGCUCAGCAUGUUGAUCCUUCUUCCAGAUGAAGCUCAGGAUGGCUCUGACCCUCUUCUGAAGCUGGAGAGCGAGUUGACCCUCGACAAGCUGCUUGACUGGACCAGAAGAGACAAAAUGACGACAUGGAUGGAUAUCAGAGUCCAUUUGCCAAGGUUCAAGCUGGAGGUUCAGAGCUCCCUAUCAGAAAUACUGCAAAAGAUGGGAAUGAGCUCUGUGUUCCAGGAAACAAAGGCUGAUCUGACAGGCAUGAGCAGUCAGGAUGGUCUCUCCAUUUCAGCAGUGGUCCACAAGGCUUUUAUUGAAGUGAAUGAGGAAGGCACUGAGGCAGCAGCAGCCACCGCAGUCAUUACAUUGUUAUGUGCCCGCCGUUCAGAAAGUUUCACAGCAGAUCAUCCCUUCUUGUUCUUCAUCAGACAUAGCCCCACUAACAGCAUCCUCUUCCUUGGCAGAUUCAGAGGCCCAUCCGGGUUUGCUAUCGUAAGUACUAUCAACAGUCCGGACAUUACAGAGUGUGAUGAGCUUUUUCCGGUAUCCGGCGUCAUUUCUCGCUCCUCAGCGGUGCAGCUCAAGCAGACGACCGCAGCUGAUGCAUUAAAGUUCUCUGCAGCAGCUGAUGCAUUAAAGUUCUCUGCGAGUAGACCUGUCGAGGCACACAGGUGCACAUACACUCGUUUUUCUCUCGUGCAGCGCUGGAGAUUCUGCUCAGGUCCAAACAUCUUCAAGAAAUUCAGCGGUUCUAUCAUGGAGGAUCUCUCUCGUGCUAACAGUCUCUUCGCUCUGGAUCUCUAUCGGACUCUGAGCGAGAGCAAUGCUGGAGGAAACAUGUUCUUUUCUCCACUGAGCAUCAGUGCAGCGCUCAGCAUGGUCUACUUGGGAGCCCGAGGAGACACUGCCAAAGAAAUGGAAAAGGUUUUGUCCUUCAGUUCUCUCUCAGAUGUUCACUCUCAUUUCAAAACCCUCACCUCAGCUAUCAACAGACCAUCAGCCUCCUACAUCCUCAGACUGGCCAACCGUCUCUACGGAGAGAAAACCUUCAGCUUCUUACCUGAGUAUUUGGACUCUACUCUGAAGCUGUACCACGCUGACCUUCAGGCUGUGGACUUCAUUGGAGCAUCAGACAAGUCACGACGGCUCAUUAAUAAAUGGGUGGAAGAGCAGACAGAGAAUAAAAUCAAAGAUCUUCUCAAGCCGGGAAUGGUGACUGGAAUGACUCGACUAGUUCUGGUUAAUGCCAUCUACUUCAAAGGGACCUGGAUGCACACAUUUAAAGCAAUAAACACGACAAAAAUGCCUUUUACAAUAAAUAAGAAUGAGAGCCGGCCUGUGCAAAUGAUGUACCAGGAGAAACAUUUUCCAUUCAGAUACAUCCCAGAGUCUAAACUGAAGGUGCUGGAGUUACCUUAUAAACAGGAGGAGCUCAGCAUGUUGAUCCUUCUUCCAGAUGAAGCUCAGGAUGGCUCUGACCCUCUUCUGAAGCUGGAGAGCGAGUUGACCCUCGACAAGCUGCUUGACUGGACCAGAAGAGACAAAAUGACGACAUGGAUGGAUAUCAGAGUCCAUUUGCCAAAGUUCAAGCUGGAGGUUGAGAGCUCCCUAUCAGAAAUACUGAAAAAGAUGGGAAUGAGCUCUGUGUUCCAGGAAACAAAGGCUGAUCUGACAGGCAUGAGCAAUCAGGAUGGUCUCUCUGUUUCAGCAGUGAUCCACAAAGCAUUUGUUGAGAUGAAUGAGGAAGGCACUGAAGCAGCAGCAGCCACUGCAUGCCUACAGUACGUUGGCUGUACUAUUGAAUAUCGACAAUUUCAGCGUUUCACAGCAGAUCACCCCUUCUUGUUCUUCAUCAGACACAACCCCACUAACAGCAUCCUCUUUCUUGGCAGAUUCAGAGGCCCAUCCUAGAAAUGUUGUGUUUAUCUUUGUUACACAAUUUUUUAAGGGUUUUAUUAAAUAAAUUACACCAUU